AUGCGGCGCGGCGGCGGCGGCGGCGGGAACGGCAGCGAGGGCGAGCCCGAGUGGCCGUGGCCGUGGCCGCCUUGCGACGAGCGGCUGUGCCUGGCGCUGCCCAUGUGGGUGCUCGUUCCCAUCACGGCCGUCUGUCUGGGGCUCUUCGUGCUCGGCGUGGCGGGCAAUGUCCUCACGGUGCUGGUCAUCCGCAGCUACCGCGACAUGAAGACCACCACCAACCUCUACCUGGGCAGCAUGGCCGUCUCGGACCUGCUCAUCCUCAUGGGGCUGCCCUUCGACCUCUACCGCCUCUGGCGCUCCCGGCCCUGGAUCUUCGGGCAGCUGCUGUGCCGCCUCUCGCACUACCUCAGUGAGGGCUGCACCUACUGCACCAUCCUCCACAUCACCGCCCUCACCGUGGAACGCUACCUCGCCAUCUGCUUCCCCCUCAAGGCCAAGGUGGUCGUCACCAAGCGCCGGGUGAAAGCCACCAUCGGCAUCCUUUGGGCCUUUGCCUUGCUCUCCGCCAGCCCCUUCUUCUUCCUGGUCGGCGUGGAGCAGCCCGACAACCACACUGACUUCAGCCGCGAGUGCAAGCCCACCCCGCAGGCGCUGCGGUCCGGGCUGCUGGCCACCAUGUUCUGGGUCACCACCUGCUACUUCGUGCUGCCCGUCACCUGCCUCAGCGUCCUCUACGGCUUCAUUGGCCGCGAGCUGUGGCGGAGCAACUCCCGCCUGCGGGGCCCCAGCUCGCUCCUCCGGGAGAAGGGGCACCGCCAGACAAUCCGGAUCUUGGCUGUGGUGGUUCUGGCCUUUGUUAUUUGCUGGUUGCCUUUCCACAUUGGCAGGAUCAUAUUUAUAAACACCCGGGACUUAAGGACGAUGCUGUUCUCCCAGUACUUUAAUAUAUUUGCACUGCAGCUUUUCUACCUGAGCGCAUCCAUCAACCCUGUCCUCUACAACCUCGUUUCGAAGAAGUACAGGGCAGCAGCCUGCAAGCUGCUGCUGCCACACCGAGCUGCAGGAAGGGCUUUCACAGUAACAAAAGACGCCGGGGGCUACACCGAGACCAGCGCCAGCACAAGGAACGAGUACACCACCAGCUUCUGA